GCUGCCUGGCGGUGAAACCAGGAAGGCGGUGAGCUUAAACUGAAGUAAGUUCGGUGGACGCCGGCGGCGCCCAGAUUUGAAGAAACGUUUCCAGAUCUGCGGCGUUUGUAAGUCUACGGGAGGUGUAAGCCCGAAGGCCGGAAUCCAGAAAUGGGACGCCGGUCAUCUGAUACUGAAGAAGAAAGCAGAAGCAAGAGAAAAAAGAAACACCGUAGACGGUCUUCUUCAAGUAGUUCUUCAGAUAGUAGAACAUAUAGCCGAAAGAAAGGUGGAAGGAAAUCAAGGUCAAAAUCAAGAUCUUGGUCCAGAGAUCUUCAGCCUCGCUCACAUUCUUAUGAUAGAAGACGCAGGCAUCGAUCAAGCAGUAGCUCUUCUUAUGGCUCUAGAAGAAAACGAAGUCGAAGUCGUUCAAGGGGUCGAGGGAAAUCCUAUAGAGUUCAGAGGUCUAGGUCAAAAAGCAGAACAAGAAGGUCCCGAUCAAGACCACGUCCACGUUCCCAUAGUCGAAGCAGUGAAAGGUCCAGUCACAGAAGAACACGUAGUCGGUCUCGGGAUAGAGAACGACGUAAAGGCAGAGAUAAGGAGAAAAGAGAAAAGGAAAAGGAUAAAGGCAAGGACAAGGAAUUACACAGCAUCAAACGUGGGGAAUCAGGAAACAUCAAAGCUGGAUUAGAACAUCUGCCACCAGCUGAACAGGCCAAAGCAAGACUACAACUGGUUCUUGAAGCUGCUGCAAAAGCUGAUGAAGCAUUGAAAGCCAAAGAAAGAAAUGAAGAAGAAGCAAAGAGAAGAAAGGAGGAAGACCAAGCCACCCUGGUAGAACAAGUAAAAAGAGUCAAAGAAAUUGAAGCCAUUGAAAGUGAUUCUUUUGUUCAGCAAACAUUCAGAUCAAGUAAAGAAGUCAAAAAGUCAGUGGAACCUAGUGAAGUGAAGCAUGCAGCUGCAGCAUCAGGACCAGCAUCAGUAGUGGCUGACCCACAGAGUAAUGAAAAAGAAAUAGACCCUAGCAGCAUCCCUACUGCUAUCAAGUACCAAGAUGACAAUUCUCUGGCCCAUCCAAAUUUAUUUAUUGAGAAAGCUGAUGCUGAAGAAAAGUGGUUCAAGAGACUAAUUGCUCUACGACAGGAAAGGCUAAUGGGCAGUCCUGUGGCCUAAAGCUAUGUUCAUCUGGUUGAAUUAACAGUAACAUUUAAAAUUUACGUUUUUAAAUCCCAGUAAUAACUCUUAAAAAUAAUUUAGCUGAUUAUAUAAAAAGGUAACCUUGUGUCAUUCUUUUCUCAUUCUUUUCUCUAUUCAAGCCUGGCACUGCCUAGGCUUGAAUAUUUGUUGAUUUGAACUUAAUCAAACAUUGUGAAUAUUAAAACUAGUGUAAAGUUUAAGAAUGCAUGAAAAUGUCAUACUGCUAAUAAAGCUAAUCCUGAAAAUAUUGGUAUUAAGGCAAAUGGUACACAG